AGUAGUCCGGCUCCAUAAAGGCAACAGACGUCGCCAUCAGCGAUCUUUCCAGACGCAUGCUGAAGUUGAGGACGGACCAUGUCUAGCGAUUCUGCGGACUAUAACAGCUCAAGAGACCGUGACCAUGGGGGGCCUGGUGGGAUGGAGCCUGAUGGCAUCAUUGAGAGCAAUUGGAACGAGAUUAUCGACAACUUUGAUAAUAUGGACCUGAAGGAAGCGCUUCUCAGGGGAAUAUACGCAUAUGGCUUUGAGAAACCGUCUGCCAUUCAACAAAGAGCAAUAAUUCCAUGUAUUAAAGGCUAUGAUGUCAUUGCCCAAGCGCAGUCAGGCACUGGCAAGACGGCCACCUUUGCCAUCUCUAUCUUGCAGCAGUUGGACAUAGAGCAGAAGGAGACUCAGGCUCUGGUGUUAGCUCCCACUAGAGAGCUGGCUCAGCAGAUCCAGAAGGUCAUUGUGGCCCUCGGUGACUACAUGGGCGCUAACUGUCACGCCUGCAUUGGAGGCACCAAUCUUCGCAGCGAAAUUCAGAAGUUUCAAGCUGAAGCUCCUCAUAUUGUUGUCGGCACACCCGGCCGCGUGUAUGACAUGCUCAACCGGAGGCACCUAUAUCCCAGAUCGAUCAACAUGUUUGUUCUGGAUGAAGCUGAUGAAAUGUUGAGUCGAGGAUUCAAAGAUCAGAUCUAUGAAAUCUUCCAGAAACUGAGCACCAACAUUCAGGUUGUUCUGCUCUCGGCCACCAUGCCAGCAGAUGUGUUGGAGGUGACCAAGAAGUUUAUGCGGGACCCUUACCGGAUCUUGGUGAAGAAAGAAGAGCUUACCCUCGAGGGUAUCAAGCAGUUCUAUGUGAACGUAGAACGUGAGGAGUGGAAGCUGGACACUUUGUGCGAUCUCUAUGAGACUUUGACAAUCACCCAGGCUGUGAUCUUCCUCAACACCAGGAGGAAAGUGGACUGGCUGACGGAGAAGAUGCAAGCACGAGACUUCACCGUGUCCGCCCUGCACGGCGACAUGGACCAGAAGGAGCGUGAUGUCAUUAUGAGGGAGUUUCGCUCUGGCUCCAGUCGUGUCCUGAUCACCACUGACCUACUGGCUCGUGGGAUUGACGUGCAGCAAGUGUCUCUGGUAAUAAACUACGAUCUUCCAACAAACCGAGAGAACUACAUUCACAGAAUCGGCCGCGGAGGCCGUUUCGGCAGGAAAGGAGUGGCUAUCAACUUCGUCACCGACGACGACCGCCGGUGCCUCCGGGAUAUCGAGACGUUUUACAACACAACCGUGGACGAGAUGCCAAUGAACGUGGCCGACCUGAUUUGAUUGUAGCCGGUUUCCACGCAGCGAUUAGCCAACGUCCACUUGCAUUUUGCUUACUAUUUUCAAGGGGGAGAAGUUGUCUAUGCGAAACCUUGGCUCCGACUUUUGGCAUGUGUUUCAAAGCGAGGUGACGUUUAACAGUUGUAGAUUUUGAACUCGACUGGUUGGAGCUCUUAAGCCAUGGAGGCUGUAUUGGUCUUUUUCAGAUAUUACUCUCCUUGUCCACUUCAAAUGCGAAUAUUGGAUGUGCUCCACCACUUGGUAACCUACUUGUGGACUAAAAGGUAUAAGUGCUGUAUAAAGUCUGCUACUUAUGUUAUGCUAACAUAUGUGCGAUAUUGUGUGGCGCUGCUUCGAUGCACCUUCUGUGUAGUUUAGCUGUUCUGGCUUUUUGUAUUUUGUGGAUGUUUCUAAAGUGUACAAAAUUUUAAGAAGUAUUUACUCUAUUUAUCUUCGGUUGGCCCUGGUUUGCUUGUCUGUCUAUACAAGAAUAUCACAGUUUAUAGCCUCUAUUGAGCAGUUUGAACAGUUUCUCCUUGGAGUCAUUGUAUGAUUGUCUUAAACAAAAUAAACAUUGCUGUUCUA